AUGAACCGAUCUCUCGAUCGCAAGAAAUGCAUCCUUUUGCUCGCUCUGUAUGUGAUUUGUCUCAAUGCUCCAGCAGCAAGCAUUGAGCGAGGUAAGGUAGACGCAUACGCGGCUUCAGUCCAUGCCCUCAGAGAGAGGCUGAAGAAGAGAGCCCCCACGGACGAGAACAAUGAUCAGAACCUUCUGGAGCUCCAGAACUUGUUGGCGACAGCUGAAAAUUCGAUCAGGGACAAGAAAACAGAUGCCAAGAAGCAAAUGGAAGAACUUCGUAAGCGGGAAGCAGGAUUACAUCGAAGUCAAGUCCUCUGGCGCAGCAAAGCCAAGGAAGCAGAGAGAAACGCUGAGAUGGCGCGCAAGAAGGAGGCCGAGGCGGUGAAAGCGAAGGAUCUGGCACAGGUUUCAUCCCAAGAAGCAUACAGCCUCGAGGUUGCCUCAAAACAGUGCGAGGAGGAAACCCGAUGUUUGAAAUCAAGUGUCUCUCAACUGAUGGAAGAGACUAAGGACGCAGAAAUCGAGCUGAGUGAGCUGAAGAGCCAGAUCAAGGAUCUUUCAUUAUCCAGUAGGCUUGCUAUUGCUCGUCAAGUCAAGGCGAGGCCAGCUGAGGGGUUGAGAAGAUUUGCCGGUCAACGGUAUGAGGCGGAGAUCAUGAACGCGGACGUGGCAGACAAGAACAGUAGGACAAUCCCACUAGAAGGUGACGACAGGACAAAGUUAAGAGAUGCCAGCAGACAAACAGCGGAGGAGAUCGGAGGAAGAACUGAGAGUGGGCCCAGCGCUAUCCGGAGGAGGCUCGAUCCGAAGGAUUCCGAUCUUCCUCCCUUGGAUGGCCUGAGGGAUGAAUCGGAGCCCGAGCAAGCUGAGACUGCAAAUCAAGAUACGUUUCAGUCAAGGUCAUUGGCGGAGAUGAUUGAGGACGGGGCUGAAGCUGCAUCAAAGGAUGGAAACGGUGAGCAUGUCGCGAGUGCAAAGCGUCAGUCCAAGCGAACCAAACAAGGCACCUUGGUUCAAUCCGUUGAUGCCAGCACAGAGGCUCCUGAAAGGGCCAGUAGCGUCUCCAAGGGCCACUCAAAGAGCAAGGAGAAGGAUCAUGAGUUGAGGUGUACCCCGACUGCUGCAAACUUCCACGAAGACCGUCAGAGCCCGGAUCAAAACCUUGCUGAUGGAGACAAUGACAAGAUAACCCGUAAGUCUUCGUCCAAAGAGAGCAAGCACAGUGAAGGCAAGAAGAAGAAGGAAAAGAAGAAGAAGAAGCCGGUUGCUUUGUAA